CACACCUAGCAGUAAUAUCUUGCAUUCCCGCCGCAGCGUCUUCUUAUCUUCUUCAAGCGUGCGGUCAAUGGCCUGACUGCGCUUCUUCUGCUCGCCAUCGUCGUUGUCACUGCUCAUGCAGGCACCCAUCAUGCAGAUGCGAGGCUCGCGGCCUGAGGGCUCAUGCGAGCUUGGGGCCGGGGGUGUGGAGGGCCCCCCAAUCGGCGUGCGAAGCGGCUAUGCCACUGUUGGUGGGAUUGGUGAUGCGUGUGGGGAUGAAUCGCAGAUCGUGGUAGGAGGAGAGGCGGAGGAGGGGAGAGGGACACGGUGUGGUGCGGUGCGGCGCGAUGACGGGUGUGGGCCAAGAUGCGGAGUGGACAAUGCGGAGUGGGCAAUGCGCUGGGGAAGAGACGGGAAGCGGCGGCGGCUGCUGUGGCCGUGCGGCUUAGCCGUGUUGAUGGAGAGAGAGCUAUGGAUGGGUCAGCGGGGGGGCGGGGAUGCAGCGGCGGAGAUGGGGAGCGGAAGUCUUCGUACGGUGGACACGCGCGGAGAGCAGAGAUGGAUGAUGUCGUGACGGCGGGGUGGAUGACGGGGUGGAGUGGAGGAUGGUAGGCGGAGGGUGAAGCUGCCCGGGCUGCUUGAUGAUGGCUUGGCUGGCUGGCUGGCGGACUGGCCGAUGCGGGCUGGACUGGACUGGC